CGUAGUGGCGGAGGUCGGCUUGAGCCCACGGCCGAAAACCCUAAACCUCCGGUCUCCCCGCUCCGAUCAUCAUCCUUGGACGGCAGGAUCGUGAAGAAACCUUAGUUUUCUGAUUAAAACCCGCCCCAAUCCUUUGAAUUGCGGCUCGUUUCAUAGUUUCCUGAACUAUUCAGCAUCUUCUUCCAUUCUCUUUGUAGAUGGCUUGCAGCCGGAAGGCUCUGACCUCUGGUUACAAUUAUCUCUCCAGGAGAUUCCACCCCUCUUUUCUCCACAUUGUCAAGGAUGACCGUGACCUUUCUGGAUCCCCUCAACCCUUGCAGCAUUCGUCGAGUCCUUUGAUACAACGAGCUUCCUCUUACUCUAGACCAUCCUUCAGCUUCAGAUCAGCGGAUCGAGAUUGGAGAAGGAUUGGGUUCGCCCUUCCGUUUGGAAUACAUCAAUCUUCCCGAAAUUUUUCGUCUGAUGCCGAGGGAUCGAAUGAGGUCAGUUAUAUAAAAGAUGUAGCAGACGUUCUGACGGACGCUGGAGUGGAUACUGGCAUCGUCGCUGCGACAUCUUCGGUUCCAGCUCCAUUCCCCGGCGAAGUGGCAGCUGCUGCGGCGGAUUCGUUUCUUCCUGUUGCGGCACUGCAGCAUCUGAUUGAUGCCGUGCAUUCUUUUACCGGCUUAAAUUGGUGGGCUUCAAUUGCCCUGACCACUGUAUUGAUUCGUGGGGCCACUGUCCCUCUAUUGAUUAACCAGUUGAAGGCUACAAUGAAGCUAAAU